AUGGAGGACCAACUAGUCCAGCUGCUAUCAGCAACCCAAACCGCCCAAGAGGACACCCGCAAACAUGCUGAGCAGCAGCUUCUCUCCCUCUACGGCCACCAGGAGCUCCCGUUAGGCCUCAUUGGCAUCGCCUGCCAUGACAGCGUACCUCUCAACAUCCGACAAGCUGCUCUGCUGUACCUGAAGAACCUCGUGCUGGCGGGAUGGAGUUCCAGCCUCGAUGAGUGGAAGGGACAGGCACUGGUCACAGACGAGAACAAGGCCAUAUUACGGCAGCAGCUACUCACCCUCGCCACACAAGACCAGCUCGACCGCAAGCUCAAGGCCGCCGCGGGCCUCGUCGUCAGCAAGAUCGCAAGCGCCGACUACCCCAUCGAAUGGCCAGAUCUCCUCGAUAACCUUCUCGCACUGAUACCGAAUGCGACCGAAGGCCAACUACAUGGCGCUCUUAGGGUCCUAGGUGAGCUGGUGGAGGACUCCUUCAAUGAGCAGACCUUCUUCACCGUAGCGCCUCAGAUGAUCAAGGUCCUGUACGAUGUGGCCACCAACGACCAGAGAAAGCCGACAUUGCGAGCCUUGGCUUGCAAAGUCUUCCACGGCUGCUUCGACAUACUCGAGAUGGUGCUGGAGGAUCACAAGACCAUGGUCAAGAGCUUUGCCGACGAGAUACUCAAGGAAUGGAUUCCCUUCUUCGUCAAUGUCCUGAACACUAGACUACCCGAUCCGCCGUCACAAGAAGAAGAGGACCAAGACACGCCAAAUGCCUUGCUCUACAAAGGACAGAUCGCUCUCAAGCUACAGUGUGUCAAGGUCCUCAUGCGCAUACGAUCCGUCUUCCCUGCCAUCCUCUCGCCGCAAAGUAUUGUCCUAUUCCAGGCAACCUGGCAAGAGCUGUCAUUACUCGAACCGGCAUACUCUCUCAUGUACAUACAAGAGGAUCGUCAGAGUAGGCUAGAAGACGCUGAUGGACUGCCGUACACACUGGAUUUCCUUAUCCUUGAGGAGCUAGACUUCAUGCAAGCGUGUCUUCGUGCACCUCCGGUCCGCGCGCAACUCGAGCAGGAACUCCAGAACCAGACACCUGACAACUCAUGGGUCACCCAGGUUAUGAAGCUGGCCGUGGCCUACGCGCAAAUCACCACUGAAGAGGAGGGUCUGUGGGAUGUGGAUGUGAACAUCUUCCUGAGCGAGGAGACGAGUGUGACGGCGAACUACACACCCCGUACGGCCUGCGGUGAUCUCGUCAUCAAGCUUGGCGAAUGGCUUACGGAACCUACCGUCAACGGCUUGUUAACCUACACAAGAGUGCUCUACUCCCAGUCCAAGGGUUGGAAAGCUGAAGAAGCUGCGCUCUAUGUGUUGAACCAACUAUUGAGUGACUUCCAAGAUGUAGAGAAGCAGAUUAGCCCAGAAGCUGCGAGCGGCUAUGUUGACUUCAUCCGGUAUGCUAUGCAGCAGCCAGACGCUUUCCUUCGAGCACGCGGUUACCUCGUCGCCGGAAGUUUGACAAGAACAUCCGGAGAUGCUCUGCAACAGCUCGGCACAUCGUUCCUCGAGGCAUCUCUGCAGGCCAUUCCAUCUGACGAGUCCGACGUUGUUCAGGUGUCAUGCAUUCGAGCUCUGCAAUACUAUCUCCAGGCGCUCCCACACGCAACUACACAACCGAUACAAAACACCAUCAUCAUGUCUAUCAGUAAUUACCUUGCCACACAAGACAUGUCAGAGCUUAGCGACAGUGAAGAUCUCAUGGUCACACUAGUCGAAACACUACGAGACGCUAUACUCAUUGACACGCGGAUAUGCAUUACAGAUAACGGUCUCGAUACACUUUUCCGGGUUGCCAGCCAUCAAGCCAACAACUUCCAGCUCACCAUGCUGGUCACUGAGGCCUUCGAAGAGGUGACAGAGACUAUCGCGCGCAUGGGCGGAGAUGCAUACGUCCAGCUGUGCGCAAGGGUCCUUCCGUCACUGAUGGGUGCAUUUGAUGUCGGAAGCUUGACGGAGGAGAAUGCCUUGUGCAACUUUGCUGCUGAUCUCCUCGCUGUGCUUGCUGAGCACGGACCAGAGCCACUUCCCGCUGGAUUUGUUGCGACAACCAUGCCGAAACUCACACGAGUCCUUCUGGGCUCCACCGAUGAGGAGCUGCUGAAGUCUGCCACGACUGCGGUGAAGAACAUCAUCUCGCAUGAUCACCAACAGCUCUUCGAAUGGAGGGAUGACACUGGAAAAGCUGGUCUCGAGGUCACUCUCAUCAUCGUCUCACGUCUGUUGUCUUCGUGCAGCGACCAUGCUGCUGGCGAGGUUGGUGCAUUGGCUGCCGAGGUAGUAGAGAAAGCUGGCCACGAGCGACUUGGUCCUUACCUAGAGCAACUCCUACGAAGUGUUGCAGUUCGUCUAGCUCAAGCAAAGCAAGCGCAAUUCAUCCAAAGUCUGACGCUUGUGUUCGCGCGCCUGAGCUUGAACCACGCUUCAGAGGUGGUAGAAUUCCUGGCCGGCCAGGAUAUUGAAGGGCAGAAUGGCCUGCAGGUCGUGCUAGCGAAAUGGCUCGAGAACUCGAUCAACUUCGCCGGUUACGACGAGAUCCGACAAAAGUACGUACGAACCUCUCCGGAAAUUGAGCAGUUCACAUACGAACGGAGAAUGCCUGUCGGAAGGCUUCAGAUCGUUCGGAAUAAUGUCAUCGCUCUUUCAAAACUGUACGACUUGAAGGACCCUCGUCUUGCCCAGGUGCAAGUGCAGGGUGAUUUGAUACCAAAUACCGAUGGUCGCAUUAUGACCAGGAGUCGUGCGAAAGCCAAUCCUGACAAGUAUACCAUAGUUCCCGCCCCCCUCAAGAUUCUCAAAGUUCUCGUCGUCGAACUUCAGUCCGCCUCUGGCGCGCCGCUCGACGCACAAGCUGCUGCCGAGCUCGCAGAAGAAGACUCUGGUGAUGACGACUGGGAGGAUGAAGCAAACCCAUUCGUCGACCUUGGUAGUGGUUUUAGCAGAGAGCAGUUGAUGGCCUUUGCCGCCGAAGAGCCGGGAGGUGGUCGUCAGCGCGAUGACGAGACUCAAGGCUUCCUUGUCGACUUCUUCAAGCGCGCGGCAACUACGCAGGGCUUCGCUGAAGAGUUUGGUCAGCUCACGGAAGAGGAGCAGCAACGGCUGAGAGACAGCGCUGCAUAG